UCCACACCCAAACUCUCAAAAAUUUGAUCACAGUCAAUCAAACACUUGCGCUUGGCAAAUUGAAUUUCUUCAGUAACAGUUUGCCCUUGGCGAGAAGAGGUACUUUUUGCGACAGAAGAUUCUGAGAUACUACACACGGUCUUGCGAGGAGAGCCAUGAAACAUCAUGAAAUUUGCAGCUGCUUCGUUGGUCCUUCCCAUUUCUGCUGCAGCCGACUCCGUCGAUUGCCUUGCUGGGCCAAUCGCUUACAGCAAAUGCUUUGGCCCAUCCUUCGGACCUGGAGGCAAUCCAAAGUGCUUCAAUGAGAAGAUCACCUUCAACUUCUGUUGCAACUUCUAUUGGUGGGGCGCCGGUGGGAACCCCGCUUGCUGGGAUGAAUUACACACUUACGGUCGGUGCUGCGGCACCACGUCUCAUGCGCCCAACAACGCGCGCUUGGUGAAGAAGAUGGAAGAGAUGUACAAAGCUUGGAAAGCCACGCCAACGUUCCACAAUCUUCAUAUGCUUUGGCUGAGCAUAGGAAGGCACAAGCUCUUUGCUACACGCAGGAUCCAUGUCCCACAGCUCAUCCCAGCUUUCUACUACAUGUUCCCCAUGGAGGAUCACGAUCAGCAACACCUUUUGCUGGAUUUCAUCACGCAGGGAGUCCAUGACAAGGACUUCAUGGCGUUGGAGCCCCGGGUGACCUAUCAGCUGGCUCGCAGGAUGCGUCAGUGCUGCAGACAGGGCGGCCAUUUCCUGGAUGUUGGUGGUAACUUUGGAUGGUACACCUUGUUGGCUGCUGCCCUGGGCUGUGAGGUGGAUUCCUUUGAACCGGUUCCUUGGUUCGUGGCGCUCUUGGAGUAUAACUUGGCCUUGAACACCCAUCUGGCAUCCCGCAUCCGCCUCCACACACACCGCAUCGUGGGCGCCGGCACGGGCGAGCGGCGCACGGUGGUGGUGCCUUUCAGGGGAGUGCUGGGCGAAGGGGCAGUCGAUGGAGCCAACUCAGAUGGGACUCAAAUUUGUGGGCAAAGGGGUGUGUGCUUAGAUGUAGAUGAGGUGGCGAUUGAUGAAGUGGAGAGUUCUGAGCUGAAGGUGGAGAGUUCUUGUGGCAUGAAGGUGGACGUGGAAGGAUUUGAGCCGGAUGUCUUCGAAGGUGCCAAAGGCUUCGUCACAUCGAAACGUCCUAAGGUGAUCAUCACGGAGCUAAGUCCAUCUCGGUCGAAGGUCUUUGAUCCGACGGGUCGGCGAACUUUGCAGAUGCUUCAACUCCUUGGAAGUCACUAUCAGCCACAUGUGCUGCAAUGGAAGUACAUCAAGAAUCCGAGAUGGAGGGUGGUGACUACCCACCUUCGCAACGACAGCUUCAAGGGGAGUGAAGAUGAUCUUCUGGCACAGUGUGAGCUGUCUUGCAUGAUCUUUUACACGAAGAACGAGUGAAGGUGGUUUGGUAGCUGGCAAAGACCCAGCAUGAACCAUUCAGCUUCAUGUACGCAGGGUCGAGUAGCUAUUCAUUUGCCUCUCUCUUCAUUAAAUUGUUUUCAAGCUGUGCACAUGGGCAUAGCAGGUUUGAAUAACUUUGAAGUGUUUGAACUAGAAGUUAGAAGCGCUCCAUAGUCCAUGGCAGUCUAUGUGACUCAAAAAGACACUGAGUUACUCUCGGG